AUGACGCCUAGCGUUGCUUCAUAUCCCACACCCGCAACGAAUAAAACUUUAGCAGUGGUCGACAUCCUUGAGGUCAUCUUCGGAGCCUGUCUUGCUUUGGAUAUUUCGGUGGAAUGGCGGAGCCACGUUCGGCAAAAGAUGGUCCUUGGGACGAUUUGCAUGUGCUGGAAAUUCGCCUUGGAGUCACUUCCCGCCUUGUGGUCGCACAUAAUUCUGGUCCCGCGAAUGCCUCAGUAUUACAUCGACAAGGUUUUUCGACUUGCCAAGGCUGCUCCGAAACGUUUGCGCAUCGACCUUGACCUUGACCUGGACUCGGAAUUGGAUACCAUGUUUUUGUCUUCGAUUGCCGCUCUGCUGGUUGUCAAAGCGGAGACAGUCACUCAUAUCUCCGUUCAAUAUAUUUCCUAUUCCGCCUGGAACACAUUUGUCGACCACCUAUCAGCGGCCAGUCCUCAACCCCGCUUUCUCUCGCUCAGAUCCUUCUAUGUGACUUCUCCUACCGCCCUGCACAACCAACUCGGAGAUGCCGUCCCACAUUCGUUUCCGGAUCUCGCAGCAAACCUCCAAGACCUUUAUCUCGACGGAUUGCCUCCGUCGUCGUUUGUCGUUGGUCCCAACCUGAUAUCGAUGGCCCUAACAAACCUUUGCUUGGCCGAGGACGAUACGGCUUCUUUCACUUUCGCUACGACUUUGCUGGACUCUCUUCGUCAAACUCCCCAUCUCGAAACGCUUUUCAUUGCUGUGGAUGAGUCCUUCACAUACCAGCCUGCGCCCCACCAACCAGUCGUUCUGCCUUGCCUACACACCCUAUCCUUUCUUUGCAACAUGCCCUUUCCACAUCACUGCGGUUCCCUGACUUCCCUCAUCCAUCUUCCGAGACUACACAGUCUCUCAUUGCAUCUGGCCAGUGUGCAUAAUACCAACAGGUUCAUCUCGGUCAACGGGACCCACCUUUCGAACAUUGUUGUGCUGCGUCUCAUCGGCGAUAUUUCGGUCUAUAUUGAGCUAGCUGAUGGUCCAGCAAAGCUCUUGUCCUCGUUGACAGGGAGCAGGCUUCGUCAUUUGGACUUCCUUGGGACAGACAGGCUCUUUUCCUUCGACAUUGAACAAAAAAUUUUUGUUCAAACGCAAUUCCUUGAAAUUCUCGCGCAUACACUUUCUCUUCCGAAUGUUCGCCUUGUGGUCAUACCGCCAUUAUUCUGGCCCCCACGUCCAGCCUCGCAUGCAAGCUUGAUCAGGUCCUUGCUGGAGCCUGUUGCAAUGCAGGCCGAACCGAAACGCAUCCUCGAGGAACAUGCAUUAUGCCUUAGCAUGGACAACGAUCAUUCGAAUUGUGGUCGUAUGUGGUCCUGGGACGACUGUGGACUUGCAUGCGUAAACCAAACCAGUCAUUAUUGA